AUGACCAUAAUGGAGCAUACGCUUCUUAAGGGUUAUGAAGUAGACUUGCGUUCAAUCUGUUCAACUUCUUACCGCACUAUGAAGAGCUCGCUCAAGAUUUCGCAAUCUCCUACUUUGGCGUUAGUCGCGGCUAGCCUUUUUGAAACCCAGCUUCUAAAUUUUAUAAAACUAUUUGAUGUCCACGAAAAAAACCAAAAAUGUAAAGGCGCAAGCGAUAUAAGUACCUUUAACGCAUUGUUGAAAGGACAUGUUUUUCUUGAAAAGAGUUCUGUUGGGCUUUUUGGCUACAAAUCUAUAAUUUCUCCCGAAAAUAUUGAAGCUGCUUCUGUUAAUGCGUUAAACAUUGUUCAAGACUUUAUUAAUAAUGUAAAUAAUGAAAAAAAAGGUUUACAUAUAGUUAAUAACUUUGAUGAUAUUUCUAACGCCAUUUGCUUAAUCGCUGAUUUAUGUUCGUUUUUAAGAUGUAACCAUAGCGAUCUUAAUUUCUCAGAGACUUGUGAACGCAUCUACUGCAAAAUUAGUGCCUUCAUUGAACGACUCAACACGGAUGUAAAACUUUAUUGUAUAUUAAAAGAAACGGUCGCCAGUCCCGAAUUUUCUUCGUUUCCCGAUCAAGCCCGGAGUACAGCUGAGCAAUUGCUUUUAGAUUUUGAAGACAGUUCCAUUCUUGGUACCUCCAAACAAAGAGCACAGUUUAUGUCUUUGACCUCUUUGAUCACAGAUUGUGUACUUAACUUAGAGCGAGAGUCGCAAAACUUUCCUUCUUGGUUUAAUAGAAAUUUUGUAUAUAAUAAGGAUAAAAAAACCCCUAUUAUGUCAGCUUUGGAAACUGCUGAACAUCUUUUUCUUACUUCGCCCGAUCACUCGAUUAGGCGAAUGUUAUACCAUUCUGUUUACACUGUCCCUACCAUCAAAAAAAAAACCCUAAAAACUCUUUUUAAGGCUCGCUUGGAACUUUCCCGGAUUUGCGGUUAUGAGAGUUACGGUCAGAAAGCUUUAAGAAGGAAUAUGGCUAAAUUUCCAGAAACAGUUUGGUCUUUCCUGCACAUGUUAGCUUUGCGUUUGAAAGAAGGGAGUGAGGCGGAGCUGGAGUUGUUGAGAAAACUAAAACUGCGCGAAGAAAAGUCUUCUGAGAACAUACAGCCUUGGGAUCGACUAUAUUAUUUAGAAAAACUUAAGAACGAAUUUCCGACUUCAGGCGCUUCCGCCUAUUUUUCUCUCGGGUGUGUCAUGGAAGGCUUGGGGCUGCUCACUGAAAAGCUUUUUGGCGUUCAACUGCAUUUCAUGCCCACUAGUCCCAGCGAAAUAUGGGCGACGCGCGUGUAUAAGCUGCAAGUGGUCCAUGAGCACGAGGGUCUUCUCGGCUUUAUUUACCUCGACUUUUUUUCCCGGCCAUAUAAAGCCCGUCAAGCGUCACAACACACCAUUCGCCCCGGGAAGCUUCUUUGGCCCGGAAAGUACCAGCAACCAAUCGUUGUACUUUCCUGCUCCUUUUCGCUUCCCGCAGUCGAAUCAUCUACGCCCGUCCUGCUGACCCUCUCAGAUGUUGAAGUUCUUUUUCACGAGUUUGGACACUGCCUACACACCCUUUUUGGCCGGGCCGAUUACCAGCAUAUUUCUGGGGCUCGCUGUACCGUGGACUUUGUGGAGAUCCCUUCCAUCCUCAUGGAACAAUUCUGUGACGACUACCGUGUCGUGUCUCAGUUUGCUCGUCACUACAAAACUAAAGAAGUUCUUCCCGAAUCUCUUUUUCAGACACUGCGGCGCAAGAAGCACUUGUUUUCUUAUAACGACGCCCUUAUGCAAGUUCUCUACAGCAUGAUUGACCAGCAUCUCCACGGACCCUUAGAGUACGAUGAUCCUAUAGAAGUGGUGGACGAUAUACAAGAAAAAUACGGAUGCCUUCCUCAUAUGAAGGGAACGUGGUCUCUUUCUUGUUCCCACUUAGCAGGGUACGGCGCGGGAUAUUAUUCCUAUCUUUGGUGCGGUGCUUACUCCAGUCUUCUUUGGAAUAAGUUUUUUAAGACCGGCCCCCUCGACCGGGUAGCAGGUCACAGAUUUCGUGAGGAAUUUUUAAACACGUGCGGUCGUGACCCCAUGCUUAUUGCUUCAAAGUUUCUUGGGUUUACCCCCUCAAUAGAGGAUCUCGUGAACAGUUUGCUUGUUUAUUUAGACGCUACGAAGUAAAUAUUACACUCGUUCGCUCAAGAUGAUUUACUAAUUUUUAACAACUUCUAUGAUGAAUCUAAUACUUGUA